AUGAAAGAUGGCAUCAGGUGCAUAGAAAUGGAGAGAGAAGCUCUUCUCAAGGUCAAAGAUGAGCUUAUUGAUGAAUAUGGCCGACUCUCUUCUUGGGGAAGUGAAAAAUAUAAGAAGGAUUGCUGCAAAUGGAGUGGUGUCAUUUGUGAUAAUCAAACUAAUCAUAUUGUUGAGUUGGAUCUUAGUGAUAUGUCUCUAAGAGGUAACAUUAGCCCCUCGUUGCUUGAAAUACAAUAUUUGAAAUAUCUAGACCUCAGUUACAAUGAUUUCAAUUAUAGCAGAAUCCCAAAAUUCAUUGGUUCCAUGGGUAGAUUACAGCAUCUUGAUGUCUCCUAUUCUAAUUUUAGUGGGGAAAUUCCUCAUCAUCUUGGCAACCUUUCUGAAUUGAAUUUUCUUUCUCUUGACUCAUUUGGUGAUGGUUCACUAACUAGCACAAGUCUUGAUUGGCUUUCUCGACUUCAUUCAUUAAGUAACCUGUCCAUGUUCUCGGUUAACCUCACAAUGGCAACUGAUUGGUUACAAACAAUAACUAAGCUUACUCAGCUUGAAUAUUUAAACUUAGAUUCCUGUAACCUGUCAAUGGUACUUCCUCCCUCACCUUACAAUGCUUCUAAUUCUCUAUCUCGCUUAGUGCUCUCGGGAAAUGAGUUAUCUUCUUCUUGGAUAUUUCCUUUGGUGUUUAACUUAAGCAAUAGCCUUAGUUUCCUUGACCUCCGUUCCAACAAAUUACAAGGUGAGAUUCCAGUAUCCUUGAGGAAUAUGACUAGUUUAACUAGUUUAUAUUUAUCUAAUAACCAAUUCACAGGGGAAGUGCCUCAUCUUGCAUUACCUUCCUCGUUGAGUUACUUAGAUCUUUCUAACAAUAUGUUUACGGGUACCGUGACCCAAUGCAUAGGAAGCCUUUCCAAACUCGAACAUUUGCUUCUUGAUUCAAACAACUUUGAAGACAUAAUCACUGAAUCACAUUUCUUUAAUAUUUCCCAUUUACGAUGGUUGUAUUUGUUUUCCAACCCAGUGGAUUUUGAGUCUGAAAGGCCAUUUGAAUACUAUGGAGGCUUCAUAAGUGCAUUUGUAACAUGGAAAGGAAAGGAGGCCGAGUACAUAAAUACUCUUCAUCUGGUGAAACUCAUUGAUCUUUCAAACAACAAUUUAGUAGGUGAUGUUCCUGCUGAAAUUGCCAGUCUUGUAAUGCUAGUUGGAUUGAACAUUUCAAGAAACAACCUAUCUGGAUUCCUCCCUACAAAUAUUGAACGACUAAGGUCUUUGGAUUUUCUUGAUUUUUCAAGAAACCACUUCUCUGGUGGUAUUCCUAAUGGCAUUUCUCAAUUGGAUCAACUUGGAGUGUUAGAUGUGUCGUACAAUAACUUGUCGGGCAAAAUUCCAAAAAGCAUUCAUUUACUAACUUUCAAUGCUUCUGCAUUCGAGGGAAACCCUGGACUUUGUGGCCUUCCACUUACAAAAGCUUGUCCAGGAGAUGAAAUUGCUCAAGUCCCAACGAUCGGUGAUAAUGCUGAUGGGAUGAAAAACUCGGAAGAUGAGGACAAGCUUAUCAAUGACGGAUUUUACAUUAGUAUGGCAGUUGGUUUCAUUUUUGGAUUUUGGGGAGUAUGGGGCACUUUAGUGUUCAAUAACUCGUGGAGGAUUGCAUUUUUCAAGUUGUGGAAUAGCGUAAUGGAUUGGUUGUAUGUAAAGAUAGCCAUCGGCAAAAUCCAACUCAGAGAAGCAUUUCACAAAUUUGUAAAAUUUUAG